GCGCCCGCCGGGGCUAAUGGCUGCCUCCGGGAAGCUCAGCACUUUCCGCCUCCCGCCGUUGCCCACGAUUCGAGAAAUUAUUAAGUUGUUCAGGCUGCAAGCCGUGAAGCAGCUGUCCCAGAACUUUCUCCUGGACUUGCGGCUGACAGUGCGGGCCCGCCGGUUCACGCUGCAGCCUGUAGGAUCCGAGGCUUCCCCGGGUCGCGCUCUGGCCACGCGCCGGCGUGCAAAGCCGUAAAUCGCGCCCAGAAGUUCACUUCCCAGUCAUGAAGCCCAGCCCACAAGACAUAAAUAAGAUAAAAUUGUAAGGAAAGCUGGCAACCUGACAGAUGCGUAUGUAUACGAAGUGGGCCCUGGGCCAGGCGGGAUCACAAGGUCCAUUCUCAAUGCCAAUGUCGCUGAGCUUCUGGUGGUGGAAAAGGACACCCGGUUUAUUCCUGGACUACAGAUUUGUAUCAUCUGAUGUACUAUUAUUCGAGGAUACUGCAAAAAGCUCAUGGAAAAUGGACUUAAAAGAUAAGUUUAUUUUGAUGCUUUCUGACGCAGCACCCGGGAAACUGAGAAUUGUUCACGGUGAUGUACUGACGUUUAAAUUGGAAAAGGCCUUUCCAGAAAGUCUUAAAAGACACUGGGAGGAUGACCCUCCCAAUGUGCAUAUUAUUGGAAAUCUGCCGUUCAGUGUCUCAACUCCACUGAUCGUCAAGUGGCUUGAGCAUGUGUCCUGCAGAGAUGGACCUUUUGUAUAUGGUAGAACCCCGAUGACACUGACGUUUCAGAAGGAAGUGGCCGAGAGACUCGCAGCCACGACCGGGAGCAAACAGCGCAGUCGCCUUUCCAUCAUGGCCCAGUACCUCUGCCAUGUGGAGCACGUCUUCACAAUUCCAGGUCGAGCGUUUGUCCCCAAACCAGAGCUGCAGCCAGAGUUCCGUGGCCGUGAGACCCUGCUUGUGGACGUGGGAGUGGUGCGCUUCACCCCCUUGAUACAGCCCAGGAUCGAGCAGCCGUUCAAGCUGGUGGAGAAGGUCGUGCAGAACGCAUUCCAGUUCCGGAGAAAGUACUGCUAUCGAGGGCUUGGAAUGCUGUUCCCCGAAGCCCAGCGCUUGGAAAGCACGGAGAGGCUGCUCCACCUGGCCGACGUCGAGCCCACCCUCCGGCCCCGCCAGCUGUCCAUCGCACACUUCAGGAGCCUCUGUGACAUCUACAGACGCAUGUGUGACGGCGACCCGCAGCUCUUUGCUUACGAUUUCCGAGAAGAGCUCAGGCAAAGUAAACACAAGUGUCGCCACGAGGAGGACCGUGGGGAGAGCGGGGACCUUAGCCACUGCCGUCCCCAGGAUGUCCUCCACGUCUCCCCAGGACAGUCAAGAGACCAGUGAGCAGAUGGCGUGUAUUCUUUUACUGUACAGCUUGGUAGAGAAAAUAAAUAUCAAAUAAGAUACA